AUGCAAAAUAUAUAUUAUUUUUUAUUUAUUAGACACCGUUUAGGUAAACUUCAAGAUGAUCUUGAUUCAGCACAAAAACAUAAAGCACAAUUAGAAUUUGCAGUUGAUCUUUAUGGUGAAAAAACACAUUGGACAAUAAUAGCAGAAAAUUUACAAAAGAUUUAUGAUAAUUUACUUGAUGAUGUUUUAGUUUCAUCAGGUAUUAUUGGUUAUUUAGAUCCAUUGACUAGUUCAUUGCAUUAUGAAGCUAUUCAUAAUGCAGUUAUAAUUCAAAAUUCAAAUCGUUAG